CUACGGCGCGCAGACAGUUUUCGGCGAGAGCACUGGCAGUAGCGAUGGCAGUUUCGAUGGUUUUCGUUUUUCUAAGCCUGGUCUAUACUGCAGAGUCAGUAACUAUGGAACCAGCUACGGAUACAGUUGUGGCUGCCAACUCCCCUAAUAACGUCUCCUACACGUGUCAGUCGGAGGAAGAGAUGCGACUCAUCUUCGUCGUGAACGGUAUCCAGGUGUGGUCGGAGGACCAGCGAGAUGAUCUCGCAGCCAUUGGUGUAUGGACGGAGACGGUGACGGCUAGUCAUCUGACUAUAGCGAUGACUGCUGAGGGAAGAGAGGAGCAAGAGCGGCUCUCCGUUAGCUGUAUGACCUACACAAAUUCAUUUGGACGUAUUGGUCCUGGAGACACCUCUGACACUUUUCUGGAUAAUAAGUUAUGCCCAGGUGAAGUGGAGUCCCUGCAGCUGGUCUAUUACUCUCAGUCUCAGCUAAGACUCCAGUGGUCAAGACCUACAGACUUGCAUCCUCACAUCCCAAUAAAUUACACCGUCACUAUGGUGAAUGCUCUCACUGGAGAUAUUGAGGAGACAUUUUAUACGAAUGAAACUGAUGUGCUGGUGAGUCAAAGGGAGAGUGGUGGUUGUGAAGUCUACAAUUUUACUGUUGUGGGCUCCAACGAGGCAGGCACUGGACCACCCUGUACCAUAACCCAGAACAUUCCUCUCUCUCCAAGUGUUAGGGAGAUAGAGGAAUCCCAGACUCUUGAGGGAGUGACUCUCUUUGGAGGAAACAGAGUAAAUGUUUCCUUGUCAUUCAGACCGGCGCAGGUGUGCAAUCCCCAAUACCCUGUGCUGAAAUACACUCUGGACAUUAGUGGAAUUGCUACUCUAUUCCUCAAUGCCAACACUAGUGACGUGGUGAGGGCGUCAGUCGUGGUGUAUGAACAGAGUGUUAGUGUGGGGUGCAGACUGGCUGCAGGGAGCUCUGCCCACUGUCUAGUGGUGUUCACCAGGUUCUCUGAUGGAGGGACUGAGAACUUUACCGCCACUUCACCUACCACCCAGUGUCCUGAACUCACUCAAACCAGAGGGGCAUAUGUAGAGGAGGCUCUAGUGUAUGCUGUGAUCUCUGGCAAACCUCUCAUCCAACCAUUCAAUGCUACUGUUAACGAUGCUGUGAAAGGCGGGUACAAAAUCUCCUGUAAACUCAAAAAUUCCACAAAAAGUAACAUUUCAGAGUCAGGCAGCCCAUCUUCUCUCAGUGGUGGUAAACUAGCAGCGGCUAUCACAGUACCAGUUGUUAUUGCUAUCAUUGGUGUUGUACUUGGUGUAGCGGCUGUCAUCAUUUACUUCAUCAGAAAAGGCGAAAAAGGGACUGACAGUACAGAUUUCGGUUAG